AGUCAAGAGAGACUUGGACUAGAGUUAGCCACACGGUCCCCACGCGAAGGACACGAGAGCUGUACACUGCCAACCCCUUCCGCCUCUUCUUGUCCCACUGUUAGAGGCUGCACUCGCCCUCUGCAUCCAUCACUUCGGAAGAACUGUCAGCGAGAUGGAAACGACAACCAUCACCACCACGCAGACUGCAUUCACCUUUGGAUUUACUGAAAGACACGCCAGCAUCAGCCUGCACGCCCCGGCCCAGGACUGCACUGCCCCCGCCGCGCACCCCAACGACAACGCGGCCGGCUUCCAAAGUAAAACCAAGGUGCUGAAGAGACAGCGCUCCAGCUCGCCCGAGCUCCUGCGCUGCAAGCGGCGCCUGAGCUUCAACGGCCUCGGCUACUCCAUCCCUCAGCAGCAGCCUGUGGCCGUGGCCCGGCGGAACGAAAGAGAGAGGAACCGGGUCAAGCAAGUCAACAUGGGUUUCCAGACGCUGCGACAGCACGUGCCGAACGGCGCCGCCAACAAGAAGAUGAGCAAAGUGGAGACCCUGCGGUCCGCGGUGGAGUACAUCAGGGCUUUACAGCAACUUCUGGACGAACAUGACGCGGUGUCGGCUGCUUUCCAGUCCGGGUUGCCAUCCCCGACACUCUCCAACAGCUACUCCGCCGACCCAGAGUCGCCUCACUCCACCUACUCAUCGGACGAGGGCAGUUAUGAGCCUCUGAGCUCCGAGGAGCAGGAGCUGUUGGACUUUACGACCUGGUUUGACCGGUACUGAGGCUGACAGCAUCCGAACCAGCUGCGCCUGUGCGUAAAAGCAGCUGCUUUCUUUCAGAAAACGCUGACAAAGACUUGGUAAACGGCAUCAGAUCAGUCUCGCUCUGAUGCUUGAAAGUGAUCUGUUGCCUCCCUCCCUCGCCCGGGCUGCCUCUACAGGGGCAAAGCAAUAGUGAAUGAGUGAGAGAGAGAGAGAGAGAGAGAGAGAGAGAGAGAGAGAGAGACAGCGUGUGCGCGAGAGAGAGGGAGCCUAUAAGUGCCCACACGAAGAAGGGAGUUGGACUCGGUGUCACGUUGACGCGUGGAAGUAAAGAACUGUUGAUGUUAUGUUUGAAUAAGUGCAAUUAAGACGUGACACAGCAGGUUCUGCAGAGACGGCGCUGCAGUUCCAGAGGACUUGUCUGAUGAGUGCAUCAUCAGAGCAGGAGUGCCUUCCUCGGCUGCCACGUCCGUUGGAAGACAUAAACAAAGAGGAUGCGUCGACAGACUGUUUCGUGGUGUACAUUGUUUCCUCCCCUUUCAUAACAAAAAUUGUAUCAUACAGCGAACUGUUUUAACAUGAAGACAUAUUUUUGUACAUGAGCCAAACAAACGUUCUUGAACAACAGCCGCUGCCACUUUUCCUGACAGUGUUGUGAGAGCCAGCUGUCAGUGAGGCAGUGAGUUGGCAUGUAUGCGUUGUGUGACUGGAAAGCAAUAUCAAGGCUACCUGUGACAGAUUUUUUUCCUCUUUUAAUAGGUGGUAAGGAGACCUUUAUCAAUGUAUGCACUUGUUCUCCGUGUCCCGUCGCCUAAAAUGUAAAUAUUCGAUUUUAACAGAUAUAUUUUGUGUAA